AUGGCGUGGUCGCGGUCCUUGGCAGUUGGAGGUUUGGAGCGCAAGGUCACAGAGCCUUCGCUCCACGACCGGCCUUUCCGGUUGGAAGAAAUACCAGGCCGCGGCCUCGGUGCUGUGGCCACGAAGGACCUUCUGCCGGGUGAUGUGGUGCUGCUCGAACGCCCUAUCUUGGCAAUUCGCAGUGAUGAGAAGGGCGAUGAGUGGAAUCAUGACCUUCACAGCCAGUACAAAGCGCUCUCUGAAGAAGGCCGGGCAGAGGUGUGGAAGCUUCAUGACGCUUGCCUCCAGAAGCCGGAAAAGUCUCUGGAAGGCAUUUUGUUCACAAACUGCAUCGGCCGAGAUCAAAGUGUGAGGUUUGAUGCAGCCCUGUGUUUGGCGUUGAGUCGGUUCAAUCACAGUUGCUGCCCAAAUCUCGAGCAAAGCUGGGAUGAAGAUGCUGGGCAUGUUCUUAGCUCAGGUGAUGUCCGUGUUUGCGUGACGUCGUUGAGCCUCACGAAGGUCCGGUUGGUCGCCGCGCAGCCGGUCAAGGCGGGCGAGGAGCUCUUCACGCACUACGCGCCAGCCACGGAUCUCCACGGAUCUCCACGUCCUUCCGUGGUCUUCCGGGCCCUUCCGGCGCUGAGGUGGAGUUGA